GUUGACAUUUGUUUGUGAAAGACAAAAACAGUGGACACGCAGAGGAUGGGUAUUUUUGGAAAUCAACUAACGGACCUCGGGACAGACUAAAGACCAUCGUGUCGUUACUAGAACUCAGCUCUGCGUAUCAAGCGAACUCUGGUCGAGAUUGGACUUAAAGCGAAGCCGAAAGAAGAUCAACAUCAGCAGAUGGACGGACCAAGUCUGGAACAAAACAAACCGUGUCACCCUGACUACACGAGUGGCUGAAUCAUUCACAGGCUAGCCAGACACCAGACUGUUGUCUUAGGUAGUUAUCUUUAAUGAACGCGACCGACAUUCAUUAGUAAAGCUACCGAAGCUUGAAUUUUAACGCCAGCGCAGUAUUUUACAUGUCAUGGCAGUGUAGGGUUACACAAGCGCUGUCCGACAGACUAGCAAGUUAGCAAGCUAAUGUUAGCCGUAGCUACCCUUACUUGGAAUGCUUGAGCUGCCAAGUAGCUAGUUACAGAAUGUAGCUGAAGCUGCGAGUCUGCAUUCGUUUCGUAUAGUGUUUACUACCAGUAGCUUGUCAGUUAGGAGUAAGUUGAAGAAUGUGAAGCACAAUGGCCAACUUUGAAGCUUACCAGGAGUAUCAGAGAAUUGAGGACUUCGAGGAGGACUCACCACCAGGGGAGGAGGAUUUACUGGUCCAUGUGCCCGAAGGCCUGAAAGACUCAUGGCACCAUAUCAAGAACCUGGAUAACUUCUUCACAAGAAUUUAUCAUUUUCAUCAAAAGAAUGGCUUCGCCUGUAUGAUGUUGACAGAGUUUUUUGAACUUGUUCAGUUUUUGUUCGUCGUCACAUUCACAACGUUCCUUGUCAACUGUGUGGAGUAUGAUGUCCUGUUUGCCAAUCGACCAGUCAACCACACCGGAUCAGGCCAGAACCCUCUGGACAGGAAUAAAGUCACUCUGCCGGAUGCCAUCGUUUCCAGCCAGAAGUGCACUGAGAGGAUUCAAAACAACAGCUGGAUCAUCUUCCUUCUCAUCAUGGCAGCCAUCUUCUGGAUCUAUCGUCUUGUUAAAGUCUUUUGCAAUGUUUUGAGCUACUGGGAGAUCAGGCAGUUCUACAUCAAAGCACUGAAGAUCAGAAUGGAUGAACUAUGCAACUUCACAUGGCAGGAAGUUCAGGACCGACUCAUCAGCCUUCAGAGGGAACAGCAAAUGUGCAUACACAAAAAAGAGCUGACCGAACUUGACAUCUACCACCGCAUUCUGCGUUUUAAAAACUACAUGGUGGCCAUGAUAAACAAAUCGCUGCUGCCGGUACAGCUGCAAGUCCCCUUGCUGGGAAAUGUGGUGUUCCUAACCCAGGGCCUCAAGUACAACUUUGAGCUCAUUCUUUUCUGGGGCCCAGGCUCCCUGUUUCAGAAUAAGUGGAACCUCCACCCCAAAUACAAGCGCAGUGGAAACCGCCUAGAGCUCGCCCAGCAGCUCAGCAGAAUCAUCCUGCUGAUGGGUUUGGCUAACUUGCUGCUAUGUCCCUUCAUCCUGGUGUGGCAGGUGCUCUAUGCGUUCUUCAGUUAUACAGAAGUGAUCCGUAGAGAACCUGGAAGUCUGGGCGCACGCCGCUGGUCCUUGUAUGGUCGUUUAUACCUGCGUCACUUCAAUGAGCUGAACCACGAGCUGCAUGGACGUUUAGGUCGUGGCUACAAACCCACCUCUAAAUACAUGAACUCCUUUACAUCGCCAAUGCUCACUGUGCUGGCUAAGAACAUUGCCUUCUUCUCAGGGUCAGUGUUGGCUGUUCUCAUUGCACUGACAGUUUAUGAUGAGGACGUUCUGACAGUGCAGCACAUUCUGACCGCUAUCACUGUGCUGGGGGUGGUUAUAACUAUCGCCAGGUCUUUUAUCCCAGACGAGCAUAUGGUGUGGUGUCCAGAACAGCUGCUGCAGUGCGUGCUGGCACACAUUCACUACAUGCCAGACCACUGGAGGGGCAAUGCUAACAAGAGCGAGACCCGUGACGAGGUUGCACAGCUGUUUCAGUACAAAGCGGUGUUUAUCUUGGAGGAGCUGCUCAGUCCUAUUGUCACGCCCUUCAUUCUCAUCUUCCUCCUGAGAAACAAGUCUCUGGAAAUCAUUGAUUUCUUCAGGAACUUUACUGUGGAGGUGGUUGGAGUUGGAGACAUAUGUUCCUUUGCGCAGAUGGACAUCAGACGCCAUGGAAACCCAACAUGGAUGUCAGAGGGCCAGACGGAGGCCUCCAUAUACCAGCAGGCUGAGAACGGCAAGACCGAGCUGUCUCUCAUGCACUUCACCAUAAAGAACCCACGCUGGCAGCCACCUCAGGAGAGCUCAGUAUUUAUCAGCCAUUUGAAGGAGAAGGUGCAUCACGAUGCCCAGGGUGGCCCCUCCACCCAGCUGCUGCUCUCAGAGGCUCCUCUCUGCACCUCACUACAGUCCAACGAGUCAGGCACUGGGCCUGAUAAUCUUUUGGCCAGUGUGCUGGCCCACCCUAUUCUGACUGCAUCAGGACUACAAGGGCGAGACAGUCACUUCAUCCCACCAAGCACUGCUGCUUCUGCUGCAGCCAGUGUCCUGGCCUCUUUGUCCACCUCUCAGCUUGCAAAUGCUAAUCGUGGCCGCUCACAUGGCCUCCUGCCCUCCUCUCUCCACCAUGAGACUACCAUGUACCGCAGCGAUCGCACCAUCAUCGACAGUAUGUCUAACAGUGACUCUCGCAUUCGGAGUAAUGCACUGCACUCAGAGUUCGCCUCAGCAGAGAUGAGUCUCCAUGCCAUCUACAUGCAUGAGCUCCACCAGCAGAGCUCCCACCCACAGAAAACAUCGGGGCAGUGGCAGAAUCCAGUGCCAAUGAGAGAUCUCCACACAAACACUGGUUUACAGGCACGUAGUGGCCUUGGUUCCAGCAUUUCCAUGCCGGCCCCUGUUCACCUUGGUGGCUGGCAAGAGGAGGAAGAAGAGGAGAAUGAGGAUGAUCAGGAGAUUAAUAGUGGAUCUGCUCCGAAACAGGGCACUGGGAGUAAUUGUUGAAGUGCCUUUUGUCAUAAGUGUUUACAUUUUACUUUCUUCAAUGAACAUUGUGGCCUUAGACGAUCUUCAUGGAGAAAUUAGCAUGGACCUUUAAUACAUCGUUCAGCAUUUGUUGUAGGAGGGGCUCAUUGAAUAACCACUAUCUCUGCACCUCCACACCUCAUCCUGUCAUAUCAGGCAGACUAUGGCAUCAGGGAAACCAUAUGUCUUCCGUCCACUUCAUCCUGAUUUGUCAUUAACUUGUACAAACUGCACAUAAAGCUCAUAUGACAGACAGUGUAGUGCAUUCAUAGGGUCAGCAUGUGUGUCGGUGGUGGUUGUGGACAGUUUUAUUGUAAAAUGCAAAAGGCUCAUCAAAAAUUCUGCUGUGCCUUUGGGUGCACAAUUCAAGUAUUUGUGCAUCACAAGGUUUAUCAGUGCAAGUAUAACUGAAACUCCACAGAGUGGCGUCUUGAUGUGUGCUACAGUACAAAGACUGCUAAUUGUAUCUUAGCUGCCUGAACAAUUUUUAUCUUCUAAAAAGAAACAUUCAAUAUUUCAACUUGUGCUGUUUGACCCUUGUGAUAGGUUAAUACACUUUUGCGUUUUAGUAAUCCUUUUAAACCUAAUCCUUUUUUUUUUUACUUCAAGAGCUAAUCCUUGAAAAAGAUACCAAGUAUUGAUAUGAAAAAAAGCUGACUGUACAGUAGCCGUACUACUAAAACAGCAUGUGUAUCUGGAAAAAGCUCUGUUGGGCCUAGAUAGAGUUGUAUAACACGUCUUUAAACCAGACAUACACGUGCUUUGAUGCUGCUAUCUGUGUUUAUUGUUCCUAAAUGCAGAUUAUGUUCAGUAUUAAUAUUUCUACGGCGGAUGUAUCAAGAUAUUUGCUUUUCUUAAAAACUGAAAUAUGGGGCACCAAGGACAUUUAGCAUCAAAAUCCCAAUGCAGAUAGAAGAUGCCUUUUAAGACUCUCUAAGCUGGACACAAAGUCAGCUUUAUGCCUUAACAUCCAAAUAAAAACGUCUAUUUAAAUCCUAGUUUUCCGUAUUACCUCAGUAGUGGCAAAUAAACACUAAUACUUCAAUCAAUACCUCUGCAGUGUAUUUACAGUUGUGUAAAUAUUUAUACAUAUGGACUUUUUUGCAGUGUACAGAUGCAUCUUUUAACUGCAUUCUGAUUUUAAUGGUAGGUGUAAAUGGAAACCGUUUCAUUUUCUGUUCUUAUUUCACGCCCAGCAGAUGUUUUGAGUCGAGCUUUGGUGUACCAGAAAUGGUGGAGUCGUUUUUUUAAAGAAAAAAACAGGGUGGUAUUGCUUUUACAAAUCUUCAUUAUGUAUAUUAACAUUGUUUGUGUCCUUCUCCCCAAAAUGCUCACAUAAAAAUGGAACCUGCCAUAAGGGCUGAUUUCAGAGUAUGUGCUCUGUUGCAACUGUAGAAUUGAAGAAUUUAGGGCCGUAGAGCACAAGGAGAAAAAGCUUUUGCAUAGGCGCCAUCGCUUAUUAGCUUUAGCAAUAUUUAUUACCUGUUUUUCCCCACAUAUUUAAUUGACACAAAUAUACAUUUAUUAUUUAUUUAAAAAAAUAUAUUUGGAUUGUUUUACCCAAAAAAACCUUUACGUGCCCCCACAACAUUUUUUUUAAGAAAUUGAUUUUAAAAAACUUAAGUUUUUAUUAAUGCAAAGAUAACAUACCCAGCUGCAUGAUGUUGAAUGUGAUUUACACUCAGAAUAAACAGGGACUAAAUCAGCUUGUCGAUGUAGUGUGCAAAAUAUUACCCAUUUUUACUGCAUUCUGCAAACAGUACAUCACAGCAAUAUAAAUCCCAUCCUCCACUACUGCAAAAGUCCAGAGGCUGCAAAUAUAUCUUUUCCCUCUUGCGUGUUUAGAAACUAUUCCACUUUUUUUGCUGAGUGUGUAUGUGUUGGUGGAAGGAAUGCAUUUUAAGACUCGCGUAAUUAUGCUAACAUUAACUCAGACUUUUGCACUGACAGAAAACCAUUUUUUCAAUGUGUGUGGGUGUAUAUGUGUGUGUGUGUAUAUAUAUAUAUGUGUGUAUAUAUAUAUAUAUAUAUAUAUAUAUAUAUAUAUAUAUAUAUAUAUAUAUAUAUAUAUACAGUGCUUGCAUCAGUGACAGUGUAGAAAAGACAGGUUUUAUCAGCUCAGUCUCCCUCCUGAUCGAUCUCCUCACAUUGUAUAUAAGAAAAGCAUCAUGUAUUGUCAUUGACCACAAGAAAACAUUGUGGCCAAUCAAAUAAGGUAAUUCUUACCUCUGGUCAGUAGAAGUUCACCCUGUAGGGAAUAAUAAUGUGUGUUUCUGUCACACACUUAGAUAUGCUUACACAGUUUUUGCUCACAGAGUUUUGACAGUCUCCACAAAAAAGAAUAAAACACCCCACUGUAGCGUUUAAUGUUAGUCAUUUUAUUAUAAGCAGAAGCAGUGCCUUAGUAUUAAGGAUUAGCAUUUGCUCUUUUUAGAAGCCAUUUCAUGUAAACUGUCAGAUUUGCUUUCACAGAACUAACGGCACAUGCGAUGUACAGUAUUUUCAACUGGUAAGUCAUUGUGUAUAGCAACAAGUAUGUAGUGAAACUGUGGAUGUGGCAUGGAAGAUGCAGACUGAUGCUGACAACUAGUGUCGGUCUGUUGUGUCUGGUGGCACACUUCUUCUCUUCAUGGUGUCUGAGAUUGCACUGUCUUCAAUAUUCUAAAGAUAAGCAGGAGUACGCCUUGUAAUUGGCAGCGUCAUCAUGGCCAAACCUCUCAUCAUGCUAUGGUUUCUUACCCACUAUACACCAGUCGAGGAAUCAGUGACUGGAACAAGGUGCUAAGUUUUCAUCCUGACAUGGUGAAUAUGUUUUCAGACAUGUCUUGUUUUGGGUUUUCUUUGUUUGUUUUGUUACAAAGGUUUGUCUGUUUUAUUCUGUAAAUUAAGAAACAAUAGCUGAAAAGUGAAACAUGCCAAAAGAACUUGUUUUCGGCACAGCUUUACAAUAUGUGUUGUUUUCUGUGAGUGAGUAGAAAGGCAAAUAAAUCUUAUUUUGAGUGUAUUUAAUCAUUUCAUGUGUGGUUGAUUAUGUAUUUGUUUGAAAUAAAAAUCUAUUUUAAUUUUC